UUACGGCAGCGGCGCCCUGAUAGCCGGCAGCCCCGCCCCGGCGGCAGCACUGAGACUCGGCACUCUGCUCUCAUUGGGACCAUGGCCGCCUUACUUGUCGGCCUUUGGUUGCUGGGCUCCCUGCUCCUCUGCGGCCGCCUCAGUGCGGAGUCGGAGGAGGAUGAACACGCCCGGCACACAUACACGGCCGAGCAGUUCGGCGACGCUGUCAGCUCCGCUCCGCACUUCGUGAUGUUCUUCGCCCCGUGGUGUGGCCAUUGCCAGCGAUUGCAGAGCACUUGGAACGAGCUGGCUGACAAGUACAACAGCAUGGAGUCGCCUCCCGCCUACGUGAUCAAGGUGGACUGCACCCAGGACACCAAGUUCUGCUCCAGCCAUGGGGUGCGGGGCUACCCUACUCUGAAGCUCUACAGGCCCGAGCAGGAGUCUGUGAAAUACUCAGGCUCUCGGGACUUGGAGUCGCUGGAGUCCUGGAUGCUGAAGACUCUGAACGAGGACCCUUCUGAACCGGAGAAUGAGCUGGAGCCACCUGCUGUCCCCGAGCCAAAGCAGGGCAUGUACGAGUUGACGGCCGGCAACUUCAAAGCUCAUAUUAACAAAGGAAACCACUUCGUCAAGUUCUUUGCUCCCUGGUGUGGUCACUGCAAGGCCAUGGCCCCGGCCUGGGAACAGCUGGCCACCUCGUUUGAGCACUCUGAUGCCGUCAAGAUUGCCAAGGUGGACUGCACCCAGCAUUAUGAGAUUUGCUCGGAGAACCAAGUGCGUGGCUACCCAACUCUGCUCUUCUUCAGGGAUGGAGAGAAAACAGACCAGUACAGGGGCAAGAGGGACUUGGACUCACUCAAGGAGUUCCUAGACAACCUGGUGAGGGCAUCUCCAGAGGGCGAGGCCAAGACAGAAGUGCCCACUGUGGAGCCCACCGAGGAACCGGUGGAGGAGGAGUCCAAGGUUCUUGUCCUCGGAGAAGCCAACUUUGACGAGACCGUGGCCAAAGGUCUGACGUUUGUUAAGUUCUAUGCACCGUGGUGUGGUCACUGUAAGCAUCUGGCCCCCACCUGGGAAGACCUGUCCAAGAAGGAGUUCCCUGGGCUGAGUGGCGUGAAGAUCGCCAAAGUGGACUGCACAGUGGAGCGCUCUCUCUGCAACCGCUUCUCUGUGCACGGGUACCCCACGCUGAUAAUGUUCCGGGGUGGCCAGCAGGGGGCAGAGCACAGCGGUGGGCGAGACCUAGAGAGCCUGCACAGCUUUGUGAUGAAGCAGGCCCGGGACGAGCUCUAACCCCUAACCUGAAAUGCCCGCAGUACAAGGCACCAUCUUCAUUUUCAUAUUCCUUUAUCCUUCCCCACUAAGAAAUGGGGCUUUGGAGGGUGGGGGGGAUACCAGUAUGAUUCGGUGAUUCUCACACAUCUGAAUUGCAAAUGUGUUCUGUUUUUUUUUUUUUUUUUUUUUUUUUUUUUUUUAAUUAUCCCCCACCUUUUGUAGUUUUUAAUCACAUUUCCCUUAUGUCUGUUGGACCUCUCAGCCUGGAUUGCAGGUUUACCCCCCGUGAAACUGCCCCAGGGUGGCUGUGGAUGUGCCUUGAUCAGGACUGAACUCCCUCUGAGUCCCAUCUCCCCCAUACUGUUGUUUUUCUCCCCUCCCCCUUCACCCUUUUGUUUGUUGUGGGAAUGGAGAUCUUUUGAGUGUUGUAACACUUUGAUCCCGGCCACUGGCCUGACUACUCUCAGGGACACGUACAUCAGAACGGUGGGGUCUCUACCGUCUCACUUGUUGCCUGCAACCCCGUUCGCACGUCGGCCAGGGCCUCCUGGGACAUCAUGACCUAUCCCAUGAUCCCUGUUGGGGAGUGGUUCAUGAGCGCCUGGUUUCUGUUCAAUGAAAAUGCAGCACUGAAAUGUGAUGGGCUUACCUGGGACACCAUCCUGACUUGCUUUACUUCCAGAGCUGCUGUGGGACCAGCCAGUUUUUGGGCUGGACACUAGUUUUAAGGCAGUUCAUCACCCCCACAGUUAAGUCAGUGCAUCGUUUGUUGAUGUGGUUUAAAUACGACUGGCAGCCAGCUGAUUUCUACUCUUGGGUUCCGCUAUUUCUACCCCCCAACCAAUAUCAUCCCCCCUUAUCUACCUCUUUUCCCACCCACUGCCAGCUCACUUUUGCACCCAGUGUCCUGGGAGGGAUACUGUGUAGCGUUUCAGUGUGACUGGUGACUUUACACUCCACGGUGAAUGCAGACAUACAGACGGAACACACUCUGUCAGGGAUGUUUAUAGGCAACGUGUGGUAUGAACACUUGGUGAGGAAAUAAUGACAACCAAAUAAUAGCAAGUUGUUAACAUGAAAUUCUGAAUUUUCAUAAUAAAAUUUCUUUUCCAAAA